UCCUCACGAUACAUUGCCCACAGACUCAGCUAGCUCUGAGUCAGCCUCACCAGAUCCCAUACCAUUCUUCCAAGCCACCUUCAAGCCAAUUCGCUACGCGCCCUCAUUUCCCUUCCGAACUUCAUGGAUCAACUAUUUGGGCUUCGACACUACCUUGGUCUUUCUCCACUCCCUGAAGGCUCUGGAAGUCAGGGCGAGCUACCUGGUACUGACCAAUGGUGCUCUGUUGUUCCGCAGCAGUCUACGUCCAAGUGUAUGUUGGGCUGGUUUGACGUUGAGCAGCAUCGUGAUGAAGACGGGAAGUUGACGGGUGAGUUUAAAAACUUCUGGCCUGGUUGGUCCAAGUGGCAGAUUGGAAUCAAGAUGGAGAACUCUGUCAUCGAGUUUGAUCGUCCAGAGACAUGGGAGCCUCCGAGAACGAGACUGUAAGCCAACAUUAUUAAGAGUUCACAGUUUGUUUAUAUGGAUUUGAGAAAGUCA